CCUUCCCUAGCAAGGGGCUCAGGGCAGGUUUAAAUCCUAGGGAGCUCUAAGGAAUUGCUCAUGCUCUUGGAUCAUUGCUUGUCGGGGUUCUAGGAGGCGAAAGGGGAGGGGGACAGAUGGGGCUAUGGUUAAAAUGGAAAAACACAUUGGUUCCCCAUGUAUCCCUCGCUCUGAGUUAGGCUUGGCUGGCUUUGGCUGAUCGUUGUUGGAUAAUGACUUGAACUUACCAAGAAAAAUGAUGUACACAGUCCCUCCCUCCCUUUCCUACCUUAUUUCCUGGUAUUUGGGGUGGGAAGGGAUGCCUUUGGACAGGUAUGACAAGUCUUAGAAACAACUCCAAGUAUAAAUCUGUGCCCAGCAUCCUUGCACAGACUGUUGCUCUGGCAUCCCAAACACUCUUGACUGUAGCAGGCACUCAAGCUUCCAUUAGUGACCUACUUAUUCCAGACAGUAUUUGAUUAGGAAUUCAUUAUAAUAGCAAUGAACUUACAGGACUUUAGGUAGAUGAUCUGAGCCAUUUGAGAACUGGCUGCCUCUUAGCAUCCAGAUGGAGUUUGUGCCCUGAAGUCUGUUUGGGCUGUUGCUGCUUUGUGGGAGAGGAUUGAGCUGAUUGCCCUUGCUGCUUUCAGCAGGGAUCCCUUCUAUCUGAUGUCCAUGGAGGGCGCUGUCAUCCAUACUGCCUUGGAGUUCAGUAGUCUGAGCCUUCUCUCGAUUACGGGCAAGUCAGGGAAUGGUGAACACACAUGCGUCCAUAAAGGCUGAAGUUUAAAGCCAGAGCCAGGCAGGAUCAGGCCUUAUGUGGGGAGAUGAAGGUAAUCAGGAGGAUGGGAUGGGAUGGUUCGAAAGUUGUCUGUGAAGGCAACUGUGUGCACCAGCGUCCUGAAUCUGCUAAGGCUUGACUGGGUGCUGAGAUUUUCUGUGUUCAGUCCAGGGAACAGAGUCCUCCAGGGAGAACUGACUGAUCCUUCUGUGUGUUCUUCUUCCUCUUCCUCUGGCUCCUGGAUGAAGUGAAUCCCCUGGAAGCAUCCAGCAGCCUAUCCUUAAUAAAGUCUGCUAUGGCUUGGCCUGAAAGAGCUCUCUUGUCAUGCAGCCUCUACUGGCUGUACCUGAGGCACCUGCCUGGUGGGUCACUUUUGCUCCACAUCUCAGGAGAGGGGAAUCAGUGGGAUGAUGCUCCAAGGUAGUAGAGAGAGCCGUGGAGGCGUUGUUGGGGUGGGAGAUCUGACUAUGAAACCAAAGGAUGUGCCGUGCUGGUGGGAGGAUUUGCAGGUGUUUCCAAAACAGGGACAGAGAAAAGGGAAUGUCACUAAUGGCUUCUUAUACUUGGAGGAAAAAAAAAAUAUAUCAUUCUUUGUCAAAUGAAAGAAUCCUAAUGACAGCAUGGCAGUCUGAGAAUCUCCUCCUCCUCAGUGUGGGGGAUGACAGUAAUACAAAGCCUGAGCGUUUCAGCCCCGGCCCAUCCAGACGCUCAGCAUUUCCCAAAGUUUCCCAUUGAAUACAGAUCCAUUCUCCAAACAAUUCUCUUUCAGCAUAUCAAUUCCCAAGUAAUUAUUAUUUAUCCAAGAGUAGGUCUGAUGCAUAUUCAUGGUGUUUUAUGAGCAGAGGGCAUCUGAAUUUGAUGUCUCGGCUAAGUACUAAAGAGAAGCCAGUUGCAAGUGUCGAAUCUGCACACAGCUUUGUGGCAGUAGAAGGAAGGACUCAGUCAGACCCGCAACUUACCACGGGUCUGCCUCGGUCAGGACCAAACCUAAGAGCGGUUUUUCUGGCAUAGCAAGUAUCUGUCUUAACAAAACAUCCAUGCCCUGCCCUCUUCUAAUUGCCUCUCUCCUUGGAAGACAGUGAGUCUCAGGAAAGGGAAGGGAACAAUGUCGUGUUCCAGAUCCGUUUCACGAGCCUUUCUCUAAGUUCUAGGCAUUUCCCCAGACUGGUCAGUCCAAGCCUCUCAUUCACUCAGAAUCUGUCGGAUAGAGCCGACAGUGAACUGCUAGACUCUCAGCUCAAGUAGUGAUUUGAUGAAAGGCCGCCAUAGGGCAGUAAUGACUUUGAGUAGAGUGGUAGACUUCUAAUCUUCUGAUCAAACUAGACUCAAGGUCACUUGAUGGCUUUUUGAGCAUAGUCCUCUAUCUGUCUCUGUCAUAGUCUCCUUGGUCAGUCUCUGACCACCUUCCUUUUAUCUGCAUCUUACAUUUACUGCCAGGGACGCAGUAGGGUACAGCUGUACCUCUUAGCUGGCCCUUGGCUCCCUGGUCCUGCAGGUGGGCUCAGUCUUAAAUAAACCUCUUCAAGCUUUCUGACUCUGUAGGAUUUUUGUCAAGGGACUUUUUGUCAUGGUCUCCAUCUAUAAUCAGUUAUAAUCAUCUAUAUAUCAGUUAUCAUCUCCAUCUAAAAUCGGUUAUGUAAGUGGGUUCAUAACAGGUCAUCCUGGCGUCUUUCUCAUACCUGCAGUAGGCCAUCUGCAGCAUGCAUGCCUGGGUCUUCUGCAGGACUGAUGAGUUCUGGAGAAGUCAGCUUUCACUCGUUCCAUCAGACUACUGCUAGAACAGUGCAAGGUCUUUCAUUGAACUACCAGGAGUCCCCAGAAUUCAGUAGCUGUAACUGUCAUCUUAGCGCUGGGGGUGAGAACAUUAUUUCCCUUUCUCUGAGCUCCCCAACCCUCCUGUAACACUUCUCAGUUUAAAAUCUAAAGGUAAAGCCCCAAUCUCUUGCAGAUAAUGUGUGCUCUUAAAGCUGCUUAUUAUAUUCUUUAUGUCCCCUCAUCGCAUUUGCUCCCACACUCCAAUCUGAUUCGGCUGUUGCCUUUAGGACCAUGUUUAGUUCUUUUUGAUGUUGCUGUGACUUUUUCUAAGACCUCGAGACCUCUUCCAGCCUCACCUCAAUUCCUUCAGUGCUGGUCUUGAACAGGCCUCCCUUGGCCUUGAACACAUAGGGGCAAAGAGGAUGUUAACCAACUCCUAAGUAGUUCCAGGUCAUUCUACAGUGUGUAAAUAGUGAACUACCCCAGUCCCUAGCCCAGCAUGAGGCUCGCCUGGCUGCAUUAGCUUCUGCUUUCACAUAGACCAGAAGUUCAAGGGUGUGGAUGAAAAAAUAUAGCCACACCUUGAAUCGUACCUGGGAUGUAGUUGGUGCCUGCAUAGCAGCAUGCUGGGCCUGCCUGGCUCCAGGAUUGUGGCUGGCUGACAGCAGUUAAGUGGGCCAGAUAUGUUUACAGUUUGCCAAGCCCUAGCCUAGCUCUUGGGAAAAUGAUAGUGAAGCUCAUUGGUACUAUUUAAAGAUCUCCUCUGCCUGUUGCUACUUCUGCUUAUUUAGGAACAAGUAAUUUGUUAUGGAUGCUUUGUGGUAUUGUGUGUUGUGCUCAGAGAAACAGUGCUGAGAACACGCUGCACCCCCACCCUGGCCCUCUAUGUAGCGUCUGUCCUUGUGGCUUCUCCCCGUCCCCAGCCCUGUCCAGGUCCCUGGCAUAUGCAUGCUGAGACAGCACUGCCUGCCUCUGCUGUCAUCUGGUAUGGGGAAGGGGGGAGGGCAAAUUGCUCUGGUUAUCUCCACUGCCAUUUCCAUGUGCCUGCCACUCACUCCCUAACUUCAGCCUGGCCCUGCCCCCACUUCUGAUGGAGGAGCUGGAGUCCAGGUACACUUGCUGAAGGAUCAGUUGGCUGCUGAGGCUGCGGCAAGGCUGGAGGCCCAGGCUCGAGUGCACCAGCUUCUGCUGCAGAACAAGGACAUGCUCCAGCACAUCUCUCUGCUGGUCAAGCAAGUGCAGGAGCUGGAGCUGAAGCUGUCAGGACAGAACGCCAUGGGCUCCCAGGACAGCUUGUUGGAGAUCACCUUCCGCUCAGGUGCCCUGCCUGUGCUCUGUGAACCCACCACCCCUAAGCCGGAGGACCUACACUCACCGCUGCUGGGCGCCGGCUUGGCUGACUUCGCCCACUCAGCGGGCAGCCCCUUAGUUGACCACAGCAUGUUCGAGAAUUUGAACACAGCCCUCACUCCCAAGCUCCAACCCAGCCGUUCCUUCCCCCACCUGUCCAGAUCUGCGGCCCCAAGCUCCGUCACCCCUGGCUCUGCAGAGCCAGGAGGACCAGGACUGAGGGUGGGCAGCAGCCAGCACCUUAAGAACCUGGGCAAAGCCAUGGGGGCCAAGGUCAAUGACCUCCUGAGAAGAAAGGAGUCCUCAAGCCUGGGCAGUGUGGGUGUGAUGGAGAUUAACAAGACUGUUGGGGCCCAGCUGCCUGGUGGGGAGGAUGUGGCCUGUGGAGCCUGGCUGGAGGAUGAAAGGUCAGUCCAAGAAGCCUUCCCUCUGCUGGAUCCUCCACCUCCCAUAACCCGGAAGCGAACCCCUCGGGCCCUGAAGACCACCCAGGACAUGCUGAUUUCAUCGCAGCCCGUCCUAAGCAGUCUCGAAUAUGGGACAGAACUGUCACCUGGGCAGGCCCAGGACUCUCCACCCACUGCUCAGCCUGUCUCUGGAGAUACUUCGAGGCCAGAGUCUACCGUUGAAAUGCGAGAUAAGGGAGAGGCUCUGCCCAACGGUGAGGUGCCCCUCUUGGUACCUGACCUAAUACACAAGAACAGCCAGGAGGAAUCCAAGCUAAAGGCAACUGAGUGCAGAAAAGGCUCCUCCCCUGGCCCCAUUGAGAGGAAUGGCCUCAAACUCAGCUUGAGCCCCAUCAGCAGCCUGGCUGAGUCCUGGGAGAACAGCAGCCCGCCUCCACGGGCACGGACCUCCAGUCUUGACCACGAGGGCCUUCACCCGGACCUGCUCUCCUUUGAGUAGUGUGUCUUGUCUUCCCUGCCGAACAUGCUCUUCACUUUGUCCUCCACUUUACACAGGUCCUUUGUCCCAACUCUGCCAUGCCCCCAUCUUCCUCGUGGAAGGCACAGCAGAGCCCACUUUCAACCUGAGGUGUUGUGGGACCAGAUGGCCACAAGUAGUCCCCGUUAAGGAGUCUGCAGAAUGGCAAAAGGAUGUGGGUGGCAUCUCUGAUCGAUCCUACUUCUCUGUAAGAUCCUCUGGCUGCUGUUGGAACCCAUCUACCCUCGGGCUUGUCCCAGCUUCCUACUGAAUUACAGGGCCACCGGCCUAGGAGAAUGGAUCCAGCAGGAAUUCUCUUUGCCUGUCUGAUCAGAUGCAUAUGCUGUCUGUUCUUAUACACCCCCGCCCCCACCAAGUCCUGAUUCUGUCCCUUUCUUCCAUAGUGGUCCAAGGGCUCCCUGCCUUGAAGGAAAUACAGCUAGGGAGGGAUGGUAGGUUUGGCUUAGGGAUGGGAUCCGGCCUGGAAAGCUACACCUUGACCACAACCUCAUCAUACUUCCUUUAGCUUCUGGGCCAUGUGGACCCCUAGCCACCAUCUUUCCUCUGUUUCUGGGAUAGGGCCAGAAAAGGUGCUUCCAAGGCCUGGGACCUUGAGGACUUCCUCAAAGGUUGAACCUCGUCACCAGGGUUCCAGGGUUUUCCCCUCCAGUGAGAUAUACCCCUGCCUCUCUGGGUAGGCACUUCGGACAAUAGUAUGGGCAGUUGUGCUGGGGUUCCUUGCUAUGUGUGUGAAGACAGAGGUAGGCAGGCCCCUGCAGAAGCAGCAGAGAGUGUUCUAACAUUCAAGAGGAGAGCUUGGGAACAUGGAAUGGUCCUGCAAGAGCCAAGGGCGGAGAUCAUAGAGAAGAGUAAAGUGAGGACUGAGAAGGGCGUCGCUGAGAAUCAGAGCAGCUUCUCAGGCCACUCCACACCAAGAAUGAGGCAGUGCCGGGGCCUGGGAACAGUAUGUGUGAGAGCCAGGGUGGAGCAUGUGAGAGACUGGAACGUGGUGAGGACUGUGGCGGCAAAGUGAUUGUGGAAGUGAAAGUGCUUCUUUGUGCGUGUGCUGAAGGGUCCUGAGUUCCCUGCAGCAGCAGGCCUGCCUAGAGAUACCCAGAGCCUCUGUCCUUUAUCAGGUGACAAAGAUCCUCCUCUGCUUCUGCCGGCAGGAUCUGUGUAAGGAACCAGCAAGGUUUAUCAGCCCUUGACUGGUUCUUGCCUUCCAGGUUAACUUGCUUUGGGUUCUUUUCUCCCUCCAGGGGCCCUAGCAUGCUGUCUUCCUGUGGCCUGGAGACUCUGUAGUGAUCCCAGCCACAAGGGUCUUUGUAGCCAGAGGAGGACAUCCCUAGUCUCGAACACGGAGGUCAGAGCCCCACAAGGAGGCUGGGGAUGGUGCAUCCAGCCAGGGCAGGUCCUGUAGCACUCAUCUGGCUCUUCUUCCUGUGGUCUUUCCUUGGCUGCCUGCUGGGCUUCCCAUCUGGGAGACUGGGACACACAGGCCUCACUUCCCAGUUCAACAUCACGAGCGUGCUGCCCUCCGCCCAACCAGCAGACAUCUGAGCUAAAUCCUGCAGAACCAGAAUAGGAGGCCUCGGCCGGGAUCCCUGGGAUGAGGGUCCCCUCUCAUAUACUUGCUUAAGCAGCUGUAUGGCUCCAGCCAUCUCUGCCCUCUGACCCUCUUCUCUCACCCCGUCUUCCAUUGCCACAGAGAACAAGGCUUCAUCCCGUGCUCGCUGCGAAGUCCUGUCUCUUCCUCUCAGAUGAGAACCCGUGCAGCCAGGCAUCUGAAGGCCCUGAUGGAGCAUAUAGGAUGGUUAACACAUAUGUAGCACAUGUGCCUUGCUCCAAGAACAUCCCAAGGAUGUGACAUCUGACCCUGAAGUCAGAGAAGUCCUUAGGACUAGCAUUUGAGGACCUAUGAAUUUUCCCAGAAUGAGUUGUGAUAUUACCUGAAAUAGAGAGAGUCUAGGCUGUGGGGUGGAAAGCCUAAGCAUACACUAGAGAGCAAGCCCAAUGUAAUCUGAGCUCUCCAAGCCAGAAUCUUGGUUUGCUCCUCUGAUGGGAAACUCAGCUGGUAGCUGCUCUCUGGGGCUGCCCUUCCCCAGAGACUAAGUGAUAAGGUUGCCUAAGACCGACAGCAUGAGGCUUGGCUUGCUUAAGCACCCAGGAUACUGCUAGAGUCCUGGCCCUCAGGCCCAGGAUUAGCCAAAAGAUCCCACCGUAUUGUCCCAGGACCCCUGAAAAGGAAACUUCUGAGUACUUUAGACUUGUGUUGGAUGUUGAAUUAGGUGUCGUGGAUGCCUACACCAACUCCUCGAAUCUUGGUCAUCUCCCAGCUACAGAAGUGAUGCUGCUACCUCGGGAGGCCCUUUGAGACUGAGCCGUGUCUUAGAUGCUGCAGAUGCUGCCUGGUGCUAGGGGGACCAGCAGGAACAAACCCUCUUGAGGGCUUUGAUUCACAUCAGCUCUUCCAUCUAGUGCCCCAACAGGCCCACUGACCAUCCCAGCAGUCUGGACGGUAGCACGGCAGCCUUCACAAUGAAUCAGGAUCCUCUGGGGGCUUGGUCUUUGGGUAGCUUGAUCUGCAUUGGGGCGUGGUGGGGGGGUCGGUCGUCAGGCUAAUGGGGAGGAAUGGAGAAUCUAACUUCUAUGUUUAAGAAGCUGGGGCCUUGGAGCCUUUUUCUCCCCACUUCUUUCCAGCCCCAUUGUAUACCCCCAUUCAGCCCAUAGCUUUACCCUGAGAGAUCACAAAGUCUGCUUCCAGAAGCCUGGAAAGAGGGUGUUCCCUCCCCAUUCCCAGCCCACACCUCUCUCUAGAAAUGUAUCUGUGAAUGUUCUGUAUCUGGGAGACGUGAAGACAUGUGUUUUUAUUCCAUCAUCUUUUACAGAACAAGUUUGGUCGCUGUUUGAAAGAACAAGAUUAUAGUUCUAUUCUGAGUAUUUUUUAGAGAGUUCGUAUUUAUAUUUUUAGAGAUUUUUUCUUGUAGAAGGAAAUUGCAUAAUAAAAUGAUAAUUGUU